AUGGGUCAAGAUUAUUUAAAUAAAAUUAUUUCAAAUGGAAUAUCACCUGUUAGUAUAUCAAUAUCAUCAUUAAAUGAUGAAAAUCUCUAUAAACAAAAUGAAACAACAACAACAUAUAAUAAAUCAAUUUUAAUUGUUGAAUUUACUAAAGAAAUCAAUUCUUUAGCAAAUAUUCGAGAUUAUUUAGUUACAUUUAUCUCAGAUCUUCUUAUUACAACAUCAAAUAGUAUUAUUUUACAAUCAACAUCAUUAGUUCAAUUAACUCAAUCAACAAAUCAAUUGACACGAUCACUUUUAACAAUUGCAUCAAAUCGAUGUUAUGAAUUAUCAUUUAAAUUAUAUUCAAUACGAACGAAAAUUGCCUAUGAAGAUGUUCAAUUAGCAGUCAAUCAACUUCUUCAAUGUGCUUCAAAUGUUUUAUCUGCUGUAAAUGGACCAUUACAAGAACGAACACAAAUUCUUGAUUUAGAUUAUUCUCGUGCAAAUACAAUUACAUCCGAUUAUGAUACUGAUCUCGAAUCUUCAUGGUCAAAUUUAAAUUUAUUUGCUAAUGGAAAUGAUUUUUCUCAAAAAAUAAUUGAAAAAAAUCGAAAUGUUUAUUAUCAAAAACAAUUAGCAAAGGAAAUCAAUAAGAAAGUCAACGAAAUCAAUUCAUUAUUAAGUUUAACAUUAAUUAUACAUCGAAAUCUUGGUCAAAAUUUUCUAUUAAAUACAUCACAAACAUUUUUAUUAUUUCAAACAAUUUCAAUUGAAUCACUUUCAAAUUUCAUUUUUAAUCAAAUUGAAAAUUCUCAGUUGAUUUUUCCAUCAAAUUUUAUUUUGAAUUCAACAACAAAUUCAUCAAUUUCAAUUCGAGGACAAACUUUAAACAAAGUUGUAAUUGAUUUAAAGUUACCAAAGGAUACAGAUGAUAUCGCUGCAGUCUAUGUUCCAUUGUCCAGAGUUAAACGUUUAACUGAUUUAAUUAUUUUGCGACAUUUCGAUUACAAAGUCUUACUGAUUAAACCCAGUAAAUCUCAAGUCGCCGAGAUGCAGAGACUAGACAAACUCUACAUGGAAACACAAAUGCGCUUUUCAGAAUGGUUUCAACAAAUUUUACAGAACAUUUCAGAUCUUCAUUACUUGUCAUCCACUUGUCGCAUGUGA